AUGAUUCAUUAAUUCAUUCAAUAAGCUUAUGAAGACCCAUUUUGUCCAUAAAUCAAGGCUACAGCAAUAAAAUUAAAUUAACCACAAACCUCCCCCAUAUUUCAUAUAGAUUGCAAAUUCACAAAAAAAAAGAUUUGCACAUGUUCCAACUUUUGUUCAAUUCCAUUUGUUCAAUAAUAAAAUUAGAGAGCUUUAUAAGUUUUCUUAUAACAUGAAUUAGAUGGGAUGAAGUUAGAGGAUUUUAAAGAAGCCCAGUUAUUAGUAAAUUAAUUGCAUAACUAAAAUAGCAUGAUUUCUAUUAGGAAAAAAUUGAAAAUACACAAGAAGUAGAAAAAGCCUCUUGA